UGCGGGAGCGGCGCUGAGGCGAGCGCGGCGCCCGUUCCUCCCGGCGCGGCUUCGCUCUCCCUCCUCCCCUUUCUCCCCUCCCUCCUUCCCUCCCUCGCCCUUCCCGCUCCCUUUCCCGGCGGCGGGGGGGGUUCUCCCGGCCUCGGUGGAGGCGGCGAUGGGGAUGGCCGGGUUCUUGUCGCUGCGCUGCCGCGCCGGCUGCUGACCCCGCACCGCCCGCGUCUCCCGCGGACACCCCGCGCCAGAAAACACCAACAAGGAUAACUUGAAAGGCUGUUGAGCACUUCAAUCCCUUGACUGUGCCCCGAGCAGCCAGGAUGUCGGGGGCCUCGGUGAAGGUGGCUGUCCGGGUCCGGCCCUUCAACUCCCGGGAAACCAGCAAGGAGUCCAAAUGUAUCAUCCAGAUGCAAGGCAAUUCAACCAGUAUUAUCAACCCAAAGAACCCUAAGGAAGCACCAAAGUCCUUCAGCUUUGACUACUCUUAUUGGUCCCACACAUCGCCUGAAGAUCCCUGCUUUGCAUCCCAGAGCCGUGUGUACAAUGACAUCGGGAAGGAGAUGCUCCUGCACGCCUUCGAGGGCUACAACGUCUGCAUCUUUGCCUACGGGCAGACUGGGGCUGGGAAAUCCUACACCAUGAUGGGCAAGCAGGAGGAGAGCCAAGCAGGCAUCAUCCCCCAGCUGUGUGAGGAGCUGUUUGAGAAAAUCAAUGACAACAGCAAUGAAGAAAUGUCAUAUUCUGUAGAGGUGAGUUACAUGGAGAUUUACUGUGAGAGAGUCAGGGACUUGCUGAACCCGAAGAACAAGGGCAAUCUGCGGGUGCGAGAACAUCCUCUCCUUGGGCCCUACGUGGAGGAUCUGUCCAAGCUGGCAGUGACAUCCUACACAGACAUUGCAGACCUCAUGGAUGCUGGGAACAAAGCCAGGACUGUGGCAGCCACCAACAUGAACGAAACCAGCAGCCGCUCCCACGCUGUGUUUACAAUUGUCUUCACUCAGAAGAAACACGACACAGAGACUGAUCUUUCCACAGAGAAGGUCAGCAAGAUCAGCCUGGUGGAUCUGGCUGGGAGUGAGAGAGCUGACUCCACUGGUGCCAAAGGAACCCGGCUAAAGGAAGGAGCAAAUAUAAACAAGUCCCUCACAACUCUGGGCAAAGUUAUUUCAGCGCUGGCUGAAGUGAGUAAAAAAAAGAAGAAGACAGACUUUAUACCCUACAGGGAUUCUGUACUAACGUGGCUUCUCCGGGAAAAUCUAGGUGGUAACUCCAGAACUGCAAUGGUUGCUGCUCUCAGUCCAGCAGACAUAAACUAUGAUGAAACUCUGAGCACUUUAAGAUACGCCGACCGCGCCAAGCAGAUCAAGUGCAACGCCGUCAUCAACGAGGACCCCAACGCCAAGCUGGUGAGGGAGCUGAAGGAGGAGGUGACGAGGCUGAAGGAUCUCCUGCGUGCUCAAGGGCUGGGAGAUAUUAUCGACACCUCCAUGGGGUCCCUCACUGCAUCUCCAUCCUCCUGCUCUCUCAGUAGUCAGGUGGGCUUAACAUCUGUGUCCAGUAUACAGGAAAGAAUCAUGUCCACACCUGGAGGAGAGGAGGCCAUUGAGCGUUUGAAGGAAUCUGAGAAGAUCAUUGCAGAGCUCAAUGAGACAUGGGAAGAGAAACUGAGGAAAACUGAGGCCAUUAGGAUGGAAAGGGAGGCCUUGCUGGCAGAAAUGGGAGUUGCCAUUCGGGAAGAUGGAGGAACCCUGGGAGUCUUCUCACCUAAAAAGACUCCUCAUCUUGUGAACCUUAAUGAAGACCCGCUCAUGUCUGAGUGUCUGCUCUACUACAUCAAAGACGGCAUCACGAGGGUCGGCCAAGCUGAUGCUGAGCGAAGGCAGGACAUUGUCCUGAGCGGGGCCCAUAUCAAGGAGGAGCACUGCAUCUUCAGGAGUGAGAGGAACAACAAUGGGGAAGUUAUUGUUACUUUGGAGCCUUGUGAACGAUCAGAAACCUACGUGAAUGGCAAGAGGGUGGUGCAGCCCGUGCAGCUGCGCUCAGGAAAUCGGAUCAUCAUGGGUAAAAAUCAUGUCUUCAGAUUCAACCACCCAGAGCAAGCACGGGCAGAAAGAGAGAAAACACCCUCAGCUGAGACUCCCUCGGAGCCAGUUGACUGGACAUUUGCUCAGAGGGAGCUCCUGGAGAAGCAGGGCAUUGACAUGAAGCAGGAGAUGGAGAAAAGAUUACAAGAAAUGGAGAUUUUAUAUAAGAAAGAGAAGGAGGAGGCUGAUCUCUUGUUGGAGCAGCAAAGACUGGAUGCAGACUCUGAUAGUGGGGAUGAUUCGGACAAGAGAUCGUGUGAGGAGAGUUGGAGACUGAUCACUUCCCUGAGAGAGAAGCUGCCCCCCAGCAAGCUCCAAACCAUUGUAAAAAAGUGUGGCCUCCCCAGCAGUGGGAAGAAACGAGAACCCAUUAAAAUGUACCAGAUCCCCCAACGGCGACGCCUUAGCAAAGACUCCAAAUGGGUCACCAUCUCAGACCUAAAGAUUCAGGCUGUGAAGGAGAUUUGCUAUGAGGUAGCACUCAAUGACUUCAGGCACACUAGGCAGGAGAUUGAGGCCCUGGCCAUUGUUAAAAUGAAGGAGCUUUGUGCCAUGUAUGGGAAAAAAGAUCCCAACGAGCGCGAAUCGUGGCGAGCCGUCGCCCGGGAUGUCUGGGACACGGUGGGAGUUGGAGAUGAGAAGAUCGAAGACGUGAUGGCCAACGGUAAAGGAAUAACCGAUGUGGACGACCUAAAGGUGCACAUAGACAAAUUGGAAGAUAUUUUGCAAGAGGUGAAGAAGCAGAACAACAUGAAGGACGAAGAGAUCAAAGUUCUCAGAAAUAAGAUGCUAAAAAUGGAGAAGGUUUUACCCCUGAUAGGGUCUCCAGAGAAAGCUCAGUCCACCAUAGCUAAUGCCAAGUCUCCAAACUCUGCCAGCACGGUGGACGUGGAUAAGAAGCCCGUGGAUGACUCAAAGAGAAGCGAGAACGAUGAUCUUGCCAAGGAGGAACGUGUUUCUCAGCUGAUGGCAGGUGACCCGGCUUUCAGACGCGGGCGCUUACGUUGGAUGAGGCAGGAACAGAUUCGGUUCAAAAACCUGCAGCAGCAGGAAAUAGCGAAGCAGCUGCGCCGGCAAAACAUGCCCCACCGAUUUAUCCCGCCCGAAAACCGCAAACCCCGCUUCCCUUUCAAGAGCAAUCCCAAACAUAGGAACUCCUGGAGCCCGGGCACCCACAUCAUUAUCACCGAGGACGAAGUUAUCGAGGUCCGGAUCCCGAAGGAAGACGAUAAGAGCAAAGAUGAAGGCAAAGAGAAGGAAAGCAAAGCUGCUCCUAAAGACCCGCAGCAGCUGUGGAGUCUUUAUGGCCCCCAGAGGAGCCAGGAUAACAUCCAGAUUAACAGGCAGCAGCUGAGCACACAGCCCCAGCCCCAGCCCAGCCAGCAGCAGCCGUCGCCUCAGCUGCGCUGGAGGAGCAACUCCCUCAACAACGGCUCCCAAAAAAGCUUGAGGCGCCAGAGCUCGGGCUCGUCGGAGUCGCUGCACUGCCCCGGCGGGCAGCAGAGCCCGGACCUGCAGACUUUCCAGCAGAAGCGCCACGUGCACCAGCACCGCCAGCCCUACGGCCACGGCGGCGCCGACGGGGCCCCCCCGAAACCGCCCGAGCGCCACAACCACUGUCACCAGUUUGUGACGCCCCCGCGCAUGCGGCGCCAGUUCUCGGCCCCCAACCUCAAAGCGGGCAGAGAGACCACCGUAUGAUCAGGGGGGCAGAGCAGGCUGGGCGAGGAGGGAGCGGGGGCAAUCCUGGCUGGAGGUUGGGGAGCAGCCAGGAUUGGCCCUGCUGGACUCGGGGCUUUGCUGGGCCGGGGAGAGCUCGAGUAACUCCCCCCAAAACACGGGGGCCCGGCCCCGCGGCCCCUGCAUGUGACUUGCCUUGCGGUUGUAACAGCGUUGAUUGGAAGGAUGUUCGGGGAAAAAAAAAUUGUAAGAACUUUUUUUGUCAUAGACUAGAAGACUUGGAGGGAGGGAUGUGGAGGGGAGAACUUCCCUGCUAGCUCAUUUACCAAUUUCUUUUUUUCGUGCGUGUGUCUUGAAGUAUUUUUCUAAUGCCGAAAACAUUGUCUGGAACUUACCAAGUGCUUCCUUCCUCCCGUGUUUUACGUAGACAAUCAAAAGAGGAAUUUAGUUUCUAGCAUUGAAUGUUUCUUGUGACCUUUUUCUCAGCAACGAGGAAACUGAGCAUCUGUUUUUAAAGUUGAUCUGGCUCUUCAGAACAAUAUUUUCCACUCUUAACUCAAAUUUUUAAUAGUGAUAAUAAUCUAUAAACCAAAAGUUGUCGGCUGACAAGAUAUGUGGCUUUUUUUAUAGAGAAAUUAUGAAGAGCUAUUGGGUCACAACAGUCCUACUCCCUGAGUAGAUGUCUCUUCUUCUGCUUAAGUUCAUAAUUAUUGGUAUGAAAUUGCUGUGACAGUUAAACCUGCCUGAACGGAAGUUUAUGUCAGAAUAUAUAUAUAUUGCUGAAGCAAUACUUUGGAAAUAAGCUUUUUCUAAUUCCCAUUGUAUCUCUAAAUAUGAUAGUUUUUAAUUAUUAUACUGAGAUUGUGGAAAGGAACUAGGAUUUUUCAACACUCUGGUGCACUCAAAAAGCUAAUUCUUUUAUGUUUUCAGUUUUCUCGGGCGUGAGUCUGGGAGAUGUUUUUGAAAUAGUUAUUCUUAUGAAGAUUUAUAGAUCACUACUUUGUAUUGGCUGAAUUCUCCUGUAAGAUGGGAGAAUUGAACUGUUUCAUCUUAAUGUGAUACCUCAUGUUAGUGCCUCUGGUCUUGGAUUAAACCCUAAUUCAAGACUUGUUUAAUAAAGGAGAAGGUUGCUUUGAGGAGAAAAUAAGAUUAAUUUUCCUUCUCCCCACACUCCAAAUGCAAGUUACUGAAGAACUGUUGAUUAAGGAAUAGGCUUUGGGGUUUUAUGUCAAUUGGAGAAUCCCAAUCUUAAUUACACAGGUGUUUUAUCUGAGUUUCUUGAAGUGCAAGACAAAGUUGCACUUACCUUUGAAAAUCUGUGGCCUUAACCAUAAGCCAAUCUAAAUCUCUGAGGACUUAUUUAGCUAUUAAAUUUAACUUGAAUAAGAUUUUAAAACCACAACUGGCCACUUACUUUUGGUAAGGUAGGUCCACUUUGCAGUGUAUUUGUGCUGUUUUGCACAAGUAUCCUGAAUUUACUUGAGGUUGCUUAUUUUUUUAUGAGAUAUAAGCCCUACUGGUAACUGUUACUUGUGUGUGGUUCAGCAUAGCUGUAGGUGAGUGGCAAGUGCCUUAAGCUUAUUUUCCAUCCUUUUUUUUUUUUGUCCUAUCCUACUUUUCCCUGCCUCAGCUGUGCAUGUUGUAGGUGCUGGUUGUUCCUUGGCAGCCACUGCACCAUUUACAUAUCGAUUAAUCAAGUGUCAGCUCUUAAUUCCCUGCACAUGUUUUACUGAGGGGAUACUGGCCCCUGAUGUAGGAGAUACAAAGUCAGUCCUCCAACUCCUAAAAGAACGAACUGGUCCCAGACUUGGGAGGUUUUUUUAACAGCAGGUUUAUUUUUGUGUCCAAACCUGGCUUUGUAACUUGCAUUUUGUCUCGUGCUUUGGCCUACUUGAACGAAGGAAAUAAAGCAUCAUGUCCAAAAAUGUCUUGGUUCUUCAAGAAAUGAAGGCUUGCAGAUGAGCAAUACUUCCUCUGAGCUUGAGUCAGAACUGCCAAAUGAGUUUGGGGCUGCAAAUAAUAUUCUGCUGUUGCCUUUAUUUUAGAAUCCUGUUUUAGCAGCGCAUUGCACUUCGGUUUUGUGCAUGUCAAGGGUCAUGGGUUCUUUUAUAUCCUCAUAAAGGCUUGGACUCAUGCUUGGGAAAACCCUCUCAGUUCUAUAGGAAUACAGGAGCCAAGCAGAGUCAGCCUGCCCAGGACAGGCCGUGGGAGAGAAAACCAAACCCAUUUUAUCUCAUGUCCCACUUUGGGGAGGGUUGGGGCUGCCUGGAUGAAAUCACCACGUGAUUGAGCAUGGAGUGAUUCUGAAAUCCAUGGAACUACUCGUACUGACAUGAGAUUAAAAACUCCUGCUACUUGGUACCUUAAUGCUAGACACUAAAAUGUUUGUGCCAAACCUAUUUCAGCUUAAAAACCUGAGAAGAACUCUCUGUGAAUGCCUGGGUGGUGCUGGUGAGCAAUAGGUUGCCAUCAGUCUGUCUCACCCCACCGUUAAUGCAACACUAGAAGAACAACCCUGCUUGUUCUGUUGUAUGAUUUGACAAAACAGAAAAAGGACAGUCAGUGUCAGAAUGGAGUCCUGUCUGCUCUGAGGAAGCAGCCUUUUUUCCCCUGUUUUUUUAGGAGGAUAUUUAAGAAUCUGAUAUUAAUUAACAGUGCAGUGCCUCAUCAGAUAAGGGAAGCAGUGUGAGAACUGUGGAUCUCCUUGCACUCCUCAGAAACACACCCAGCUCUCACUCCAACCCCCUGGUAAUGGAGUUAAUGAACGGUGAGACAGCUGCUUCCAUACAAUCUGUGUGAAAAGGCUUUCAGGUUAAUGGCAAUGUGGCAGCCAGGGGGGAAGUGCUGUUCUCCCAAGCUGAGCUGCCUUGCCAAGUGCUCUGGCAGCUGGCUGGGAUCCACCUGUGCCUUAGUGAUGGCUCUGAAACCAUCCUUUAGGACUCACUUAGGACCUGUGGGUUUGGGGGUGGGUGAAAUGCACCUCAGUAACACUCCUCAGAUCCACUCCAACAUCCCUUCUCGAGCCAUCUCAAUUUAGGGAUCUGCCAAAUUAGGGGAUGUUAUUUUUAUCAGUUCAUUCAGCAUAGUUUCAAUAUCUCCCUCACUGUUUGUCCUUUAUAUGUUGAAAUUUGUUCUUUAUAUGUUGAAAUUUUUCUUGGCUACUUCCCAUUGAAUCACUCCAGGAGCUGCCACAUGAGAAAUCAAUGCUGUGUAACCAUUUGUACUGUAAAGAAAGCAGUGAGCUGCCUUUGAAUUAAAUGGGAUUUUCAGAUCUGUCUAUUGUUUAGGAAAAAAAACCAAGUUUUGGAUUGUCUUAAGAGCAAGCAUCUGCCUUGUGAAAAGCAGAACUGGUUUGUAUUGUAACAAGUGCUCUUUCAAUAAACUAUGAAAUACUCUUGUAA